AUGCUCCGUCUUCAAACCUUCAUCAGAACCCUAGGCGCCCUUGACUCCCGAUCCAUCGCUCUAAGCAACAGCCGGCCUUCGCUCUCCGGCUCAAGCGCAUCAUCACUCGCUCAGAUCCUCCGCCGCACCUACACAAGACGGACAAUGGCCACCGCGAUGGGCAAGCGCCUUGACGGCAAGACGAUCCUAGUGACCGGAGCAUCCUCUGGUAUCGGCAAGGCCACUGCGCUGGAAUUCGCGCGCACAUCUCCGAACAACCUGAAACUCAUCCUGACUGCUCGGCGGUUCGAUUCGCUCAAGCAGGCCGCCGAGGAGAUCAAGGCCGAGGUCGGCGAGGGUGUCAAGGUGCUUCCGGUGCAGCUUGACGUCAGCAAGAAGGAGAACAUCGAUAAGUUCAUUGCCGAUUUGCCGGAAGAGUUCAAGGAGAUUGAUAUCCUAGUGAACAAUGCCGGACUUGUUAGGGGAGUAGCAAAAGCCCCUGAGAUCGCCACGGAGGAUCUGGAGGUGAUGUUCAACACCAAUGUCCAUGGCUUGAUCCACAUGACUCAGGCUGUGCUACCUAUCUUCCAGAAGAGGCCAGACGGCGGACGAGGAGACAUUAUCAAUCUCGGAAGCAUUGCUGGUCGAGAAGCGUAUCCCGGCGGCAGCAUCUACUGCGCUACCAAGGCGGCGGUGCGAAGCUUCACUGACGCACUCCGGAAGGAACUCGUUGCUACUCGCAUCAGGGUUAUUGAGAUUGAUCCCGGCCAGGUUGAAACUGAAUUCUCCGUCGUGCGAUUCUAUGGAGAUAAAGCCAAGGCUGAUGCUGUUUAUGCUAAUUGUGAUCCUCUUACGGCUGAGGACAUCGCGGAGGUUAUCGUAUUCACUGCUGGGCGGCCGGAGAACGUCGUUAUCGCGGAUACGUUGAUCUAUCCACAGCAUCAAGGCUCUCCCACGACUCUGCAUAGAAGGUCAUAA